CCAGCAGUAUUUAACUUGUUUGAAGGGAACACACUUGCAAGUGUCUCCUGUUGACAAGACAGAUUCUCCUGGUAGUUCACACAAUGUUCAAAAGGCACAAGUUCCUUGCUUCAGAACGCAAGAGAGAAUUAACUUCCCCAGGAGCUACACGGUCCAUACUGAAGAAUGACCUGAGAAAUUUUCACUCUUUGUCGCAAUUUAUACUCUCAGCAGGCCCUCUAAGAUCAACUCCAGCAGUUAAACAUUCAAAAACUACUCACUUUGAGAUUGAAAUACUUGAUGCUCAAACCAGAAAGCAGAUAUGUAUUGUGGACAAGGUGACACAAAAAUCUACUAUUCAUGACGUGAAACAAAAAUUUCACAAAGCAUGUCCAAAGUGGUACCCUUCUCGAGUGGGCCUGCAGCUAGAACGUGGUGGGCCCUUUUUGAAGGACUACAUAACCAUUCAAAGUGUUGCAUCUUCCUCCAUUGUCACACUUUAUUUUACAGACCUAGGUCAACAAGUCAGUUGGACUACAGUAUUUUUGGCUGAAUACACAGGACCUCUGCUAAUAUAUCUCCUCUUUUAUUUGAGGAUCCCAUAUAUAUAUGACAUGAAAGAGAGCUCUAGAAGAUUACGUCACCCAGUAGUACACUUGGCCUGCUUCUGUCAUUGUAUACACUAUAUCCGAUACCUUUUGGAAACCUUAUUUGUUCACAAGGUUUCCGCAGGACAUACACCUUUGAAAAAUUUGAUAAAGAGUUGUGCCUUUUAUUGGGGAUUCACUUCUUGGAUUGCCUACUACAUUAAUCACCCACGGUAUACACCACCAUGCUUAUAUGUGGAAUCCAAAAAAAAAGAAAAAAACGCAUUUGGAAACAGGCAAGUCACAGUAUCUGCUAUCAAUUUUCUGAUUUGUGAAGCUGGAAAUCAUUUCAUCAAUGUAGUGUUGGCUCAUCCCAAUCACACAGGAAAUAAUGCCUGUUUUCCAAGUCCAAAUUAUAACCCCUUUACGUGGAUGUUUUUCCUGGUUUCAUGUCCUAACUACACCUAUGAGAUUGGAUCAUGGAUUAGUUUCACAGUCAUGACGCAAACAUUGCCAGUUGGGAUUUUUACACUUCUGAUGAGUAUCCAGAUGUCUUUGUGGGCACAAAAGAAACAUAAGAUGUAUCUGAAGAAAUUCAGUUCUUAUAUGCAUAGGAAAUCAGCAAUGAUUCCAUUUAUACUGUAAGAAAAAAUAAGUGAUCUUAUCUCAUAUACAGAAAGCAGUAUAUAAACUCACUAAAUCAAACUUGAUAAAGGAUAGUUGCCUAUUAUGCUCCAGAAACUCACAAACAACAGUAUUUUUGCUUGAGUAAAAAUACAAAUUGGUAGACUCUAGCUGAAUUUAGAGUAAUAAACUUGAGGUAAAUGAAAAGUAGAAAUUAUCGAUAUAACUAAUGGUAAAUAGCAUCCAGUAUGUUUGCAAGAGACUGAUCCUUGAAUGAAAUGUUCUUACUGCAUUAAAUAUUUCAUAACUAUUUGCUUAAGACCAUUUAGAAUAUCUGAAUUUUAAAAAGUAAAUAUUUUAAAAAGUUGUAACAUUUAAAUCACUUGAAUCUUACAUAUUAUUUUGAUAGUAAUUUAAUUUUUUUCUUUAUUGUUCAAUAUGUUAUUGAGAAAUAUCAAAUGUCUUAUGUCAGUAGUUCAAUUUCCUAUAUUAAAAGUUAAAUAUUUUUAAUUAGCCAUGAAUCUUAUUCAUAACAUAUACAUUGUAUAUCAUUCUGAAAUUAUAACAAUCAAAAUAUUUUCUAGACAUUACUUAUUAAAUCAUUUGAAUAUACUAUAUUGAAAUAUAUAUUUAUACAUACAUCAUAUUUAUAUAUGCAUAUAUAUAGAAAUAUAUAUAUAUAUUUCAAAUGGAUUAUAUGUGAUGAUGAAGAGAGAGUGCAUUGGAACUUUGAGAUUUAGAGUGGAAAGAUUUUUUGCUUUAUUUUCAUAUUUUUAAAUUCUUAUGUCUUCUCAAAGUCAGUGUGGUAUGUGUAUGAGUGUGUAUGUAAAUAUGCAUAUAUAUUUUGACAAGGAGAGGGAUGAUAUUACAAAAAUUAAAUACAUAUUAGGUAAAUAUUUUUUAAAAUCUUAGUUUAUUCAUAUUUAAAUUGGGAUUAUUUACAUUGGUUAAUUUCUAGAGCCUUUCCAAUUAUUAGAUAUAAAUGUAUCUAGAUAAACAGAUGGAUAGAUAGAUGAUAGAUGGAUAUACAUAUAUCAAUAUAUCCUCAUUAAAGCGUUUAGAUAUAUACAUAUAUGACAAAAUAUCCUUGGUAAAGGUAGGUCUAUAUGCAUUCUGUGGGUGUUUACUGUUAAUAUACGUGACCAACUUUCAAGAUAUAAAAGAAGCACCCAUUUAAAAGCUUUAUCAUUCCCAAAUGCACAGUAUUAAUAUAUCUCACGGGAAGACAACAACAAAGUUUAAUUCACUAAUAUUCAUUCAGCAAAAUAGUAUGGAAUCAUAGUUAUUUGUUGAUGUAAUAGGCUAUCCCAAAUAUGUUUCAUUAUACUAUAUUCCCGAAAAAUGUGACUACUCUCAUCUUAUAAAUAAGAUGCAAUUACAUUAUCAAAUUCUAAAGUUCUUUUGUGUGUAUUUUCAACAAUUGUGAUUUUUAUGUCAAUGUAAAGGUUAUGAUGAUAUUAGCAACUCAUAAAUUCCCUGCUUUCAAUAGAGAAAGACAAAUAGGUCUUAUUUCUAAUUUAAAUGAGGUAUGUCUAUGCAUGAUAUCAUCAUCAAAGUAAUAUGGGAUUGGUCAAAAGAAGUCUUGUAGUAUGGGAAAGGAACAAGUUAAAUGCUAUGAUUGGCCAUAUCAACUGGGAAACAGUACUAAAAUACUGCCAUUUAACAUUCAAAUUUUCAUACUCUAUUUAUUGAUAGAUUUGUUAAAGGAACUAAAUGUCAACUGUAGACAAACAGUAGAUGAGAGCAGAAAAGGGAAUAAAUAAUGCAGGCCUUGUUUUUUAGAUAGUUUACUUAGUUAAAAGACAACAUAAUUCUUAAAGAUAAAAUGAAUUGUUAGUAGCAUUAAUUGAAAUUAAUUAAAACAUGUAUGAAGACAA